UAACAACCCCCACCCCACGGACUGGUUUCUGAUUCACCAGUUUCUCGGAAACUGGCUUCACCGUAAAAACUCGGUUGUUCAAAUCACCACAAAUCGCCAUAGAACUCGUACUUUCCUGCAACCGGAGCCCCAGUUGGAGUGAGCCCAGUUCACAUCCAGCCAGCCCCACACACAUGCUGUGGAUCCCGGGUCACUUUGGUUAACUUGCUACGAGGACGCAGAGCCAUUACAUUCGGCUACGUUCGCUCAUUCAUUCAACCACAACAACAAUGGCAGCGCAGGAUUUUAAUUUCUUGCUUGCGACGGAUUCCUACAAGAUCACACACUACAAACAGUAUCCUCCAAACAUCAACAAGAUCUAUUCCUACUUUGAAUGCAGACGCAAGAGGGGUUCCCAGUUUAGUGAGGUGGUGUUCUUCGGACUUCAGUAUCUACUGAAGAAGUAUUUGGAAGGCCCUGUUGUCACUGAGGAGAAGAUUCAGGAAGCCAAGGUCUUCUACCAGAUGCACUUCAGACAAACUGUGUUUGAUGAAGAAGGCUGGAGGAAAGUCCUUGAGAAACAUAAUGGCCGUCUUCCUAUCCGGAUAAAAGCUGUCCCUGAAGGCAGGAUUGUACCGAGAGGCAACGUGCUCUUCACUGUGGAAAACACUGAUCCCAACUUCUACUGGCUCACCAACUACAUUGAGACCAUGCUGGUGCAGAUGUGGUAUCCCAUCACAGUUGCCACUGUAUCCAGGGAGUUUAAGAAGAUCCUGGCCAAGCACCUGAAGGCCACCUCAGGAAGCCUUGAAGGCCUGGACCUGAAGCUGCAUGAUUUUGGCUACAGAGGCGUCUCCUCACAGGAGUCUGCAGCAUUAGGGGGAGCAGCUCACCUGGUUAAUUUCUGCAGCACUGACACAGUGGCUGGACUUCUGAUGGCUCAGAGAUAUUAUAGCUGCCCGAUGGCUGGCUUCUCCAUUCCAGCAGCAGAGCACAGCACCAUCAUCUCUUGGGGGAGGGACAGGGAGAAGGAGGCGUUUGAGCGAGUCCUGGACCAGUUCCCCUCUGGACCAAUCUCCGUGGUCAGUGACAGCUAUGACAUCUUUAACGCCUGUAAACACAUAUGGGGAGAGAAACUGAAGGAGCGAGUGAUGGAGCGCAGCCAGGACUCCUGUUUGGUCAUCCGUCCGGACUCUGGAGAUCCUGCAGAGACCCUUAUUGAGGUCAUCACGAUUUUAGAAGAGUGUUUUGGCAGCUCUCUGAACUCGGUUGGAUACAAGGUGCUGCCUUCUUACCUGCGAAUUAUUCAGGGAGAUGGCAUUGACCUCUGCUCAGUGGACGAGAUCCUUAAGAAGCUGAGAGAUGAGGGCUGGAGUGCUGAGAACGUAUUCUUUGGAUGUGGCAGUGCUUUGCUUCAGAAACUCAACAGAGAUACACUCAACUGUGCCUUCAAGUGCAGCUAUGUCGAGACUAAUGGCAAAGGGAUGGACGUGUACAAGCAGCCGGUGACCGAUCCAUCCAAGGGCUCAAAGAGGGGUCGGUUAUCACUGAGGAGAAACUCUGAUGGCUUCUUGGAGACGAUAGAGGAAGGAGCAGGCAAACCUGAGGAGGACCUACUGGUGACAGUUUUUGAGAACGGCAGCCUGGUGCAGGACUACUCCCUGGAGGAGAUCAGGAAGAACGCUCGGCUGCGUAACGAGGAGCUGAAUCUCCCCCUACACAACCAUGAACAGGAGCAGCUUCACAGUCGUAUCAUCAAUGGGAUUCAUUAGAUCAAACACAGUCUCUAACCAUGCAUAAGAUACUUCAGUGUUAAACAGGAUGCACUGGAAUGAAGGCUGCUGUGUGAUAGAAUGACAGCCCUGUAAGAAUAAACUGAUCAUGUUGAAGGAGAGUGAAAGGCUAUUUCUCAUAGCAGACACUACCAGGCACUACCACUACCCCCCUGCCCCAUUCCCCUCAGGAUCCCUGUGAUAAUAGGUAGAUAAUAAUUCAUUUCUCUCCUCAUUCUGAACACUCUCUUGCGAGCAGAGGGUUUAUCUGCCCUGGUAUGGCCAUGACAAGAAUUAAAGCUCAGGGUCAACUUUAAUAAGCUAAAUUAGUUUUUGCUUUUUCAUUCUUUGAUUUAAAUAUACAUCUCAUGUUGUGGUUUUCGUUAGGAACAACAAAAUGAGGAAGUAGGUCUUUCUUGAGCAUUUUAGAGCUAUAAUGAACUAAACAUCCAAAUAUUCCAUUUUAUUUCUGUUAGCAUAGAAAGGGCAGAAACAUUUACUAAGAUAGAUAGAAAAGUAGCAAUAUUACUGAUUGUUGUAAUAACACACUUUUGGAUCGGUUUGCACUGAGUACUUGAUGCAAAUUAUUACGUUAAUGGUCAAUGUUCACUCCAUUUUCAGCAGAGCAAUAUAUAGCGCUAGCCUUAAAAAACUUUUUCCUUUACUUCCACAUAGAUUCAUAACAGCAAUUUUUCCUUAAGCAGGUUUGCAGUGCAUUACACUUGAGAUGUCAGAUGAGAAAAGGAAACACAUGCAUGAAUGUGAACCCUUUGGGUUGCUCAUAAAGUUGUAUCUGAUCUACAUCUAGGUCACAUGUGAAAAAAACAAGUUAUCAAUCAAUCAAAAUGUAUUUGUAUAGCCCAUAUUCACAAAUCCCAAUUUGUCUCAUAGUGUUUAACAAGUCCUAACCCAGGGAUUCCCAAACUUUUCAGUGUCCAACCUCUAAAAAUAACAGGGACAGAGCAACCCCAACUACCUCUAGACUUGGUUGAAGCACACCGGCAUAUAAACGUGUAGUUUGCAAAAAAGAAAUUACCUACCUGCACAUAUUGCUGUUUCCUGUGGCGCUACAUAUUGACCUGCUACAGCUGGUACUGUGGUCAUGUCGGGGCAAAGAAAAACAGAAGGCUGAAGGUAGGGGAGAGCGGGGUAAUGUGGGACAUUUUUUACGUUUGCUCCCCUCUAGGCGAGCUAAACUGAUAUAUCAGUAAAAUGUACACAUUUCCCAUUAAUUCAGGAUGUUUUCUCGAAAUGGAAAUGAUCAGAAUGUCUUCAGAUCAAAGGGCAGUGAAAAUAUGAUUGUUUUUAAAAAAGUGGUCUUGUGUCCCACUUUACCCCAGCUACGGGGUAAAGUGGUCCACUUUAAAACUACCAUAACAACCACUAAUAUCGGACUAGUAACAGAAUGGGGGGAUUGGUCAAUUAAGCACAUUUAUGAUUAUUAUGAUUCAUGUGAUCUUUUGCACACCCUAGCUUACCUGCACAUUGUUUCUCUGUCCAAUUGGCAGGGACAGGGAUAUUGUUUUUCUCUGCGUAUUCAAAUGCCAGUUCACUGCACUUAACUGGAGCAAGGCCAUGGAACUGGUCAGCUAGUUGUUUCAAGUGUUUGGCAAGCUCCUCCUCCAUCUCAUCUGUGAAUAUUCUCUUUACCUCAGCUACUGCACCCCAGGCUACUGAUUUUACUUCCCCUUUCUCUUUUUUCUUUAUGAAUCUUUUGAGGGUUGUCUUAUCAAUAUUUCUAUCCCUUCCAGCUUUUCUUAAGGACUUCUUUCCUUGCAUGACCUCAGCGGCUGCACUCUCCAUCUCUGCGAGGGGUGUUUGGCCCCAGGUUGUCUUCCUGGUGUAGUUUCUUGGCAUGAUGGCUUUUCUACAAUGUUUAUGACAUUAAAAAUAAAACAUAUAUGAUGUAAUAUAACACUAGAAUAUGUUUAAGACUAAACUUAACUUGUGCUUCAUGGCAUAUUGUCCCACUUUACCCCGAAGCCACAAUUUUAGAAAAACAACAUCUUUUAGCAAUUCAGGCUAAUCCUCAGCUAGCAUCAAUCACAUGGUUUUAUAUGUUGGAAGUUCUCCAACAUGUAUGAUAUAAUUUUUUCUACCUUAAUCAAUUUGUUUUGACACAACAGUUGAUUAAGUUCAAAGCAAGAAAAUUUACUUUUACAUGAAAAAACAUACUUUCCUCAGCACCAGCACCAACUUCUCCUUCAUGGCAAGGGGGGAAUGGGAGGGGCUUUUAAACAUAAUAGUCAAAUGACCACAAAUGUGCUCCGUUGCCUAGAUACAGGGGGUGUUUCACAUCACCGGAUGUCCCACAUUACCCCGCUCUCCCCUACUUAAUGUUUUCAUGUUUUUUAUUUUCAAUGUUCAUAUUUUAGAACAAUUGUGGCUAAAUGUGCCAUUUCUAAUAGUUUUUAAAUUCUCAACACUGAACACUGAUUUCAUUAUGGAAAAGAACAAUGAUUUGAGUGUUAUCAUUUCAGAUCAAUUGUGCUAUGUUCAUAAAUGAUAGGGUUCCCUUGCUUUUCCUUGCCUCUGUAAAUUAAAAUAUCAGCUGUACGAGUAUUACAAGUCAAAUAAAACUGAUUAUACAGUACUGCCACGGUUUGGUAAAAAAAAUUGUGAAACAAUACCUGUAAGUUUUCUUUUCAGUAUUUCUGAUGCAACUGAUCCACAACACACUCUUUGUGGAACCCCUGUUAUAUUCAAUAUUUUAUAUACAGAAAUGAUCAACACUAUAAAUAACCAAUAACAAACAUUUAACCAACAAUAACCAACAUUUGAUAAAUAAUUGACAAAAUUAUUGUAACUCUUUAUGAAAUGUUAUUUCGUGAUUUAUGUUUGAAAUAAAACUGUUAAAAUA